CCCCCCCCCCCCCCCCCUCUACCCUCCCUCUUUUUGCUCCCCUCCCCUCUCCACGAGAUUGCCUCCCGGGUCCAGCUGUCUCUGCCUCUCCACUUUCCUUGCCGCCGCGCCUCUCCCCUCUCCCUCCCUCUCUCCCUUCGUUGUUUCUUGGCCCCCCGCGCACCCCGGCAACCGGACCGCACAAAGCUCCCAUCACCAUGGAGUACAUCAACGUCACCAACACCCAGCAGCGCAUUCUGUGCUGCAACUGUGGUGUUGCCAUCCCCCCGAACCCCGCCAACAUGUGUGUUGACUGUAUCCGCAACGAGAUCGACAUCACUGAGGGCAUCAGCAAGCAGCUGGUUAUCCAGUUCUGCAGCUCUUGCGAGCGUUACCUCCAGCCGCCCAACCAUUGGGUGGCCGCCGACCUCGAGUCUCGCGAGCUCCUCUCCCUCUGUCUCAAGCGUAUGAAGGGCAUGAACAAGGUCCGCCUCGUGGACGCCGGCUUCAUUUGGACCGAGCCGCACUCCAAGCGCCUCAAGGUGAAGCUCACCAUCCAGAAGGAGGUGCACGCGGGCAUGAUCCUGCAGCAGGUGUUUGUGGUGGACUUCGUCGUGGCCGGCAUGAUGUGUGAGGAUUGCCACCGCGUGGAGGCCAAGGACAUGUGGCGCGCGUGCGUGCAGGUCCGCCAGAAGGUCCCGCACAAGCGCACCUUCUUCUACCUGGAGCAGCUGAUCAUCAAGCACCAGCAGCACCGGUACACCACCAACAUCAAGGAGACUCCGGAUGGCAUUGACUUCUUCUUCGCCAACAAGACCCACGCGUCCAAGUUCCACGACUUCGUGGCCUCGGUCUGUCCCACCCGGUACAAGGUGUCGGAGGAGGUGAUCUCCAUCGAUGUUCACGCCCACACGGCCAACUACAAGUACACCUACUCCGUGGAGAUGGUCCCCAUCUGUCGUGAUGAUCUGAUCUGCCUGCCGCGCUCGCUGCGUGCGCACCUCGGCAACAUGGGUCCCCUGGUUCUGUGCAGCAAGAUCGGUAACAGUGUGCACCUGGUCGACCCGAACACCCUGCAGAUCGCCGAAAUGUCGGCCGCCAGCUACUGGCGCUCGCCCUUCACCACGCUCUGCAACAUCAAGAGCCUCACCGAGUACAUCGUGCUGGAUGUGGAGCCUCUCGGCCCGGUGCGCGGCAAGAACGUCCUCUGUGAGAUGGAGCUGGCUCGCAAGUCGGACUUCGGCUUCAAUGAUACCACCUUCUUCGUUCGCUCGCACCUGGGUGCCAUCCUGCAGCCCGGCGACAGCUGCCUCGGCUAUGACAUUGCCAAUGCCAACUUCAACAGCGAUCAUUUCGAGGAGUACAACCGCGCCGAGCUGCCUGAUGUGAUCGUUGUCAAGAAGGCCUACUCCAACAGCCGCCGCAAGCGCCGCAACCGCAACUGGAAGCUCCAGCACAUCACCAACGAGACUGCCAUCUCUGGCCCGGUGGACAAGCGCAAGGGCCCGGCCACCCACGAGGACUACGAGCAGUUCCUGCGUGACCUGGAGGAGGACUUCGAGUUCCGCUCUGCCAUCAACCUGUACAAGUCCGCCAACCAGCCUGCUCUGCCGGUUCAUGGCGAGGAGUCGAAUAUGGACACCGACUUCGACGACGAUGCCGAGAUCCCGGAGAUCGACAUCGACGAGCUUCUCGACGACAUGGCUGAGAUGAACAUCGCCGACGUGGAGAUGGCCGGCGACGGGGUGUAAGUGCCCUUGCACUGUAUGUACGUGCGUGUGGAGGUGUCUGCGGCACGGGCACCGACCUAGUAGCGAGGCACACCCAGACACACACACACAUGCACAUGUGCACAUAUGCAUCCACCAAACGACGCCGGGGUAUGUGUAUACAUUAUAUAUAUAUGUGUAUGUACGUCUCUCCUGUCACAUGUGCCUAGUUUGCCCUGCCCCGCUGUGCGCUGCUGUCCUCCCUCCCCUGCCGCCAUUCUCUGCCCCAUGGUGUGGCCAGUUGUGGCUGCAUGGGGAGGAGGUGUGCCAAGCCCACUUGCGAAAGAGGAAGGCGGCUUUGGCACCGCGGCGCGUGAGAUAUUGCCCCCUGGUGUGCUGUACUUUUACCCCUCCCCCAGAUCUUCUCCUCCCCUCCGCCUCUGGCGUCCCACGUCAGUCCCUGUAGAUUGUCCCUUCUCUCCCCUUCCCCCCCCCCCUUUCCCCUCCUUCCCCUGCUACGCUGCAGAGCAUGCCCAUUGCCCCCCCCCCUUUUUCCGGGGAUGGUACGAAUUCGUGUGCCAACCAUGCGCGAGCGCCCUUGCACAUUGUCCCUCCCAGAAUAAACCCUCAUCAAUGAAAA